GGGAACCAUGGAAUAGAAGGAAAUUAAUUUAAGUUUUCCAGACUGAGUGCGACUUAAAGAAAGGAAAUGUUGAGUAAUCGUUAAGUCGUAGUGACUCGUUUGUACAUGGGGAACACAGAGAAAUAGGGUGUUUUUGUGACAGCAAUAUUUUUAAGGGAAGAGGUAGGCGUAGGCGUAUUAUUUUCCAGUUAAGUGAAACUGUGUUAGGCGUGUUGUUUGAUUUGUUAUUUGCCUUACGUGUUUUUGUUAAUCAAUUUAAAAUAAGCCUACCUGAAAGGCAACACCUGCCACUUUGCAAUGAUAAAACAGGAGGUCAUACAAUCAGGGUUGAGAAUGGCAAGAAUUUCUUGUGGAUGGAUACUGCUAUAUCUAGUUUUGGUUGCGUCUAUAUCAUUUUGUUCGAGUUCAUCAGCUCAAGAGGAUGGGAAGAAGACGGAGACCCAAGGCGUGCUGCGAACUUUCAGAGAAGUUCUAUCGGACCUUUCCGUGGACGCGCGUGGUUACCUGGUGUCCUUUGUCGGGGAACGGGCUGUGGAUACCUCACUUCAGAGUAUUAGAAGUGCUGUCAAGUCGCUAUCAGAGGGUACAGCCAGCUGUCUGAAUAUUGUCUUUCAAUACAUCACAGAGCUGUUGAGCGCCACAGGAACCAAAGUUCAGCUACCCUUCAACAAAGUCACUCCAGAUGGAGUGCUCCUUGUCUCUCAGUGGGCUCUCCUGGCUGUGAUUGGCUACUGGAUGGUGUCCUUGCUCUUACGAUUGGUAGCUGGUCUAGUGAGGCGGGUCCUCUGGCUCCUGAAGCUAGGUGGAGCCUUGGUGCUGUUUGGGCUGAUCCUGAGUGAUACGGAUGCCAGUAUGGAGACUACGGCGUUGAGGCUGGGAGGUCUGGUAAUUGCCUGUGUGCUCCUGGGUGUGGGACCCCGUAGCGGAGCGCAGGAUCACACUAGCCACCUGGAGGAGCAGGUGAGACGCCUGGAGAAGCGGCUCCGAGAGAUGGAAAGCAGAAGAAAAAAGGAGUGAGUUUUGGAGUGAGAGUGAAGAAUGUUUAUAAAACUAAGGGAAUUGUAUGGUAAGAUAUGUUUUGAACUGUUGUCCAGAGCCAUUGCACAUUAAGCUGCUCUCUACACACUGCUCUAUGUCAAGAACAGCCGGGACCAUCUUUUACAUCAUUUCUAAUAAAGUAUUUUCAUCAUUUGUA